UCGAUGAAGCACAAGCGACUGACGAUGACAGCAGUUUUUCCUCAAUCAUGGGAUCUUUCUCCCUUUUCAGAAGAUCGAGAAUUAUCAUGUUGCCGCAACGAUUACGCUGGCUAUUGCCGGCACUAAUUGUAUCUUGGAUGCACCUGCAGUUAGGCGCGACUCUGCCGGCUCAACAGGACGUACGGGGCUCGCACGUGUCAGUGAACACAUUCGAUCCUAGCGCAGCCACUUCAACAAUGAUCCGCCAAGACUACAACAAACGUAGGCAUCCGCCGGACGGCAAAAACGACACGCAGUCCGGCCAGAAACUGGUCGCUUCCCCGGCCGGACUUUUGCGGCCCGACAAGUUUCAGUUUUAUACUUACAACGACAAGGGUGAUAUGAUUACGCGGCAGAUGACCGUUCAGGAAAUUCAAGGUCUCAUCGCCGCAGGUGGUGCGGAUCACGUAGCGAUAGACAGACAAGAACCUCAAAAAGCCGACGACGUCCUCACGGGUGGCAAAAAGGUCAUGGAUGUAGUGCAGAAGGUGCAGAACGUGUUGAAGAGCGCGCUCGACAAGCCGCCGAUCUUAACGGGCUCGGUGCCGAAGAUACCGGAGCACGCUAACGUCGAGUGGAGCAACAUUCUGCCUUCCAUACUGUCCGGCGAGACGGACGCGAUUUCGCCAAGCAGCAGCAGCAGCAGCACGGAAUCGUCGCACCAGCUCACGACGGAGAAGAAGAUCGGCGGCGCGGAAUACACGUCGCCGGCCGCGCUGAACGGAGCGAACGAAGCGACGUCGAGCGAGCCGAAGAAGCCGGACGUCCAGACGAACGCGUAUGGCGGCUUCGCCAACAACAUGGAGCACGCCGAGAGACCGCAAUACAUCCAUUACCCGCAGCGGACGCCGCCGGCCGAGCGGUUCUCGGAGAAACCGAUGAUCCCCGUUCCGGUGAUCACCUUAACGGAACAGAAGCUGUCCACGUUGCAGUCUGUCAUCACCGAGAGCCCGGUCUUCCAGAUGCUCAGCGUGAUCCCGGUCGGGGUUUCCACCGAGAGCGGCCAUCAUCAUCAUCAGAUCACCGUCGCGAGUCCCAUCGUUCCCGGGUCACGGCCUGGCCAGACAACCGAGGGGACGAGUCAGACCGAGCAGUUCGUGGAGUUGACCCUGUCGGAGGUACCCGAGACCUCGACGCAAUCGACCAGCGUGUCGGACGCGUAUCUCGCGAACGACGAGACGAAGCAGACGACUGCGAGUCUCGAUGCGGACAAAACGGGAGCUUCGACGGUGAUCGCGCAUUCUACGACCACGUCGACCGCUCCCUCGGCUGUCGACAUGAAGCAGACGCACGGCGGACCCGAUGAAGCAACGACUACUUCUUCUUCUUCUUACCCUCCUUCAAGCACAAAUUACUCCGCUCUUGCGGAGAGUAAGAACAAUACGAAGCCGCCUGAGGACUCCUCGCUCGCCGUUACGAAAGAGGCUGAAGCGAGCGGGACGCAGGACGACGAUAAAGUAACAAUCUCGCAAAGCAAUACCGCCGCCUCGGUGCCGCUUUCCCACGCAUCUACAGCUCCGAAGCCCGAGGAAACCUCUAACGAGACCCCGUCGCAUUCUCCGUCCACAUCGACUACGCUCGUCUCCGUCUCUCGAGUCGAGACCUCGACCGUCCCGAUCUCGUCGCAGACCGACCGUCUCAACGAGGCUUCCUCGGAGGUCACCGAGAAACCGUCGGUCGACUCGGCCACGUCGACGUACACGAAGGACCAUCUUCGACCGACCUUCGGUGCGAUUCAGCCCUCGAUCUCCAUGGAGCCGUUACCCACGCAGCUGAUCGACUCCUUCUCGAGCGUGAUGAGCCAAAUCGCGGAGGCGAAGCCACCGGUACUGUCCUUGUCGGCCACAUCGCAGGGCGGCCUGCCGGACAUGACGAUUGCCGUUCACGGCAAUUACGAGCAAAGGUACAACAUGUCCGGCGACCCGGUGAACAAGAACACGUUCGUGAGCGCGGACACCCGAUAUGAAGCGCCUCAAGGCGCGAGCCAAGAGAACGUCGAGGGGAUUGCGGAGACCCAGACCGUCGUUGCGAAGCUACCGCCGCUGGACUACCUUGCCACCCGGACCACCGCCGGGCCCAGCACUACGCAACGGCCCGCAGCAACGGACGGAGUGUCGAGCACGAAAACCGAGGCCAAUAGAGUCUCCUCGAGGCCUCCAGCUGCGACCGAAGCGACGGCUAACAAUAAUAAUCGCGUGGCCCCGACGUCCUCCACGACGCUGAACGUCAAGUCGAGCGCUGCGGCGGUCUCAUCGACGACCUCGAAGUCAACGACAUCCUCGCCCGUGUGGGUCCAGCUGGAGAAGAUCCAGAACGCCUCGCUGGAAAGCCUGAUCGAAAGCUCUCCAGCGACCUCCGGGACCACCGUUUCCGGGAUGCUGCAGAAACACAGUCCCGGCGGAGCCGCGUCUCCCGAGGAAGCCACCUCGGCCGUCACCUCGCCAACGCUCGACAGCCUCGCCAGCAAGACGACGCAGUCGACGAGCGCGUCCCUGAAGAGACCCACGCCGACGAAGGAGUACUUCGACGUUACCCUCAUGAACUUAGAUCUGAGCGACCCGGUAUCCGCGAUCGACCAGGUACUGAAUAUGGUGCCGUUGCCGUCCAGCACUCCCACGGUGGAGCCGAUCAGUUUGCCCGGCGACGCGUCGAGCCUCGCGGCGAAUGACCUGGCCAGCGGGCUCAUCGCCGGCUUCGCGACCAGCACGUCCGAGAAGUCGACCCUCGGGGAAGUUGGCGGCGACCGGAUCGCUGAGAACGCAUCGAGCACGGCACGGCCGAGCGCUGCUUCAACGUCGGGCGUGACCGAACCCGCGGAAGCCAUCGAGAACGUGACUGAAAUUGUGACCGUCGAUCGGCCGAAAGAAGCGGGUGGCGUCACGCAUACGUCGACGCAGCGAACGCUUUUAACGAGCCCGGUCAUCAAAGUCAGCACGGUGGAAUCGAGCACGAAAGCGCCGAGCUUGACUACGAGCGACAGAUACGCCGCAACGACGAGACCGGCGAGACCGACGAAAUCGCCGAGCGGCGGCAACGAGAGGAUCGACGACCCCGCGAAAAUACCCUCCUCGUCGGCCUCACUCGGCAAUUCGAGCAUCGAUGUUUCAAAGGGCAGCACCGGGCAGAGCGGUGUUACCGCGACUCCCGAGCGCCCGUCGACGACGACUGUCGACGUCCGGCUGUCGAACGCCGGUCCAACGCUCUUCCACACGAAUUCCAGCCAGGACAAGAAGAACGACGAGGAGAAGGCGAAGACGACGGAGGCGCCGAUCGUAAGAACGGAAGCGAGUCCCGGAACGGAAGCGUCUUUCGCGAAAGUCCCGUCGAUCGGUCCAGCCAGCGACGGGAACGGCACCGGGAACAGGAACUUCUCGGCGCACACGGAAGGUAGCUUGAAGGUGGAGACCUCCAGCGAGAAGAAUCAGUCCUUCACGAGUGCUCCGUCGCGGCCAACGCAGCCGAGUACCGUCGCUGUGCAUCAGAAUUUCUCCAGCCACUCCGUCAAUGACACUAAACCCGGGCUGAACGGUGCGCACGGAAACGCGACGACAGACGCGGGUGCCUCGACCGUCGCGUUGAACACCGUGAGUCCGUCGCCUGGCGUCUCCACCGGCUCCGACGCUGCGCAGAAUACGAGUCGCGUCAGCAACGCGACGACCCCUGACAAGAAUAAGGGUGCGACCACACCGAUGCCGCCGUCGUCUCACGCAACGACUAACAAUCGCGUAACGCCCCGACCUGUGCAAGCCAACAAGACCGAUCACGCUAAUUCUUCGACCCCCUCCUCGCCGGUCCAGGAAGGCACCGAUCGCCCGGUCGUCAAAGUUGCCACGCAGGCAUCGUCGUCGGGCGCUGCAAGCGCAGGCAAGGAGAAACCUUCCCGACCGAGUCUGGUUAGUGUCGCGAGUCCUUCGAAGCCUGGCAACAAAACGUCGAGUCAAGGCGACAAGAACGCGUCACCGCAACAGACGACGCAGAUCACGUCGACGGAGCUCGCGAGCACGUCCGAGUUACCGACGAAGACCACGUCGACGCAGGUUAACGAGCAGCCGAGUAGCAGCAACCACACAGAGAGCAAGCCUGCGUCCUUGAAACAUUCCGAGAACCCUCCGAAGCCGGACACGGCGCGGCCGACAUCGCCGGCCCGUCCGUCGGCGCCGAAGCCGACAGCGGGUUACAAGCCGUUGGAGAAGUCCGACGUGUCGAAGACCGAGGCGGACGGUAACGCGGAGGACAAGUGGACGCUCAUAUCGCAGCAGACACCGCCGGUCAUGACGAAGCCGGCGAGACCGUCGAAGCCGCCGAAGCCGCUGAGGAAGCCGCCGGUCAGCCAAGUCCCGUCGUCCAGCUCGGACGGCAACGUUCGCACUCCGGGUACCGAAGCGACCCAGCAGGACGACUCUUCUCAGACGAUGCUUCAGUCCGUGCUGCCGUUGGACGCGUCCCAGGGCGCGAGCGGCCUCGACGUCACCGUGAAGCACACCAGCGCCGACAUCGUCAACUUCGCCAAGCUCUGCAACGAAUUGGCCUUCAACUUCUGGGUGUCCACCAACAAGGGCCUGAGCACUGCCAGGUCGCUGGCCCUCUCGCCGUUCGGCAUGACCAGCCUGCUGGCGAUGAUCUUCCUCGGCGCCCGGGGUCCGACGUCCGAUCAGAUGAACGAGGUGCUCCGCUUGGACGACGUGGCGACGUUCAACCCGCACCUGGUCUUCCAGAAUAUCACGGACACGGUGAGCCUGGCCCGGGGCCAGGGCAUCGCCAAUGCCGCCUUCGUACGCGAGCUCUUCGCCGACAAGAUGAAGGUGAGGAAGCUGAUGCCGUUCUACAAGGAACAGGCCCAGCAGUUUUACGAGGGCCUCGUCGCCGAGGUGAACUUCGCCACCAUCAGCGACCUCGUGCGCAGGCGGACGAAUCUGCUGAUCCGGAAGCAGACCGGCGGCAGGAUCAAGGACUUCGUGAAGACGAACACGGUGCCACUGAGGUCGCCGUUGGCGGCUCUCUCCGCCAACGUCUUCCAGACCGACUGCAACACCAGCCUGACCAGCUCCGUCGGCCGGGACGGCGAAUUGUACUUCGCGGUCUCGCCGGCCGUCAGGCAGCGGAGGCUCGUUCCGGUCCCGGCUACCACUUGGCGAUCGGGCGUCCUGGCCGGUUACGAGCCCAGUAUCGACGCUACCGCGGUCGCCCUCGGCGGCAACGACAGACUGGUCUCGACGAUUUUCCUGCUGCCGGGCCAGCAGGGCCACACCGCGCCCGGCGACACGCUGGACCGGCUGGAGCAGCGUCUCGUGAGGAGCGCGUUCCGCGACGGCACCUGGAACAAGCUGCUCAAGGUCCUGAUACCGCGAAACGGCCUCGAGCUCCAAGUGCCCAAGUUCAGUCACCGGUCGGUCGUGAACGCCACCGCGGCCCUGAAGAGGAUGGGCCUCGACGAGCUGUUCUCCGGCAAUGCCGACUUCAAGGGCAUCAACGGCGUGGGCCACCGUCUACACUUGGCCGAUGUCUUACAGAUGAACUUGUUCAGCACCUGCGGCGACGAGAAUAUCCUCAGCGGCCGGCACCACGUGGAGACGUACCCUGCGAGCCCGCUGAGGAGCAUCAGACGACGAGUCGAGGGCGCCGAAGGUCCUGGCGACGAGGACGACGCGCAGAGUGGCGCGUCAUCGCAGGAGGACCAAGCGGGCUCGCUCCGCGAGGGCCGCUUCCGCCGGGAGAAGAGACAGCUCGCCGCGACGACGACCGAGAGACCGAGGUUGAAGCUCGACAGGCCCUUCCUGUACUUCGUCCGGCACAAUCCUUCCGGCAUAAUACUGCACAUGGGUCGCUUCAACCCCCGAUUGCUACCUUAAAGUCGAGUCUCGCGAACGCGGGCGAACGCGGUUUCACCGAAUGCCAUCGAUUCGAUCCUGUUCCUUCCACUCGAAGCCUCUCAUAUGUAUCUUUAUAAGCGCAUAAUAUUCUUA